CUGACAGGAAUCAACAGGGCGGGAGCCACGGAUGCUUUGUUUUCUCCUCCAGCGCCGCUGAACACGGCUGAGGAGCAAGAAGCGGACUGACUCUGCCGUCCUCUCCUGACGAAGGAGGCCAGCCUCUCAGCUCCGACAUGAACGACGCGGGGUUGUGACCGUGCUGUGGCUUCCCCGCUCUCCAAAACAGCCCGAGGAAAAGGCUUUUUCUCCGCCGAACAAAGCCGAAACAGCAGGGAAACAAGCGCCUGGGCCACGGCGACUGACAGGCAGCCUUCGCUGGGCUGCGUGGAGGCGACCGGGGACAGGUUGUUAUCAAAACGGUCAAAGUUUGAGGUAACAGACGAAGAAGAAAUGAACCCUGAUUCACUGAAGAAUAACGGCCGUUUAGGCUAAUGUAGCUAACAUGCUCGAACAAAAUGUUGAGACGACUGAAUGUAAACAAAUGUCAAAUGACUUCCGGGUAACAAAGAAACAAAGUGAUGUGACGGCCAAAAUGUGUCCAACAAAAUGCAGUUAGGUCCUGUUUUUUAAAGUGUCUGGGCUUUUCUUUGAGAUAACAUUAGCCUACACCUAAACAGCUGGAAUUGCCAACUAUCUUAUUAUUAGCAAAUCAAAAUAAAUAGUGUGGGAAAUUUUCAAAUCACUGUCGCUUCAGUGUAUUUCCAUCACAAUAUAAUAAUAUCUGUAUAACACGGCAAAAUAUUAUACAGAAUGCAAAGGGAAUACUUUAAUGAGCAAAAUGAAGAAGCAAAACACGUGUUUGGGUCGAAUAUGCCAUCAGAAUUUGCAAGCGUGUAUGUAAAUGACAGAAUUCAAAUGAAACUAGCUUAUUCACACAACAGGUGGCUCCACCUAUGAAGGACAUCUCUGAGCGCUGACAAACAAACACUGAAAUCCUUAAAGAUCCAAGAUAAUAAUCUGUUCUGAAGUCGAGUUUAGGUGACACGGUGGCUGAAUCUGUCCAUGUACACUUUUAAUGAUGAUCAGUCAGUGACCUUUUAAUUCAGAGAGCUCGACAUAGCAGAAGGUCACUGGGGGGGUGUCAUGGCAAACAACACGCAGCCACUAGCUGUUACAGCUGUGAAGCAUAAUUGUCUUUAUAUGUAAUUACUCACAGGGUUGCUUACUGGUUUCACCAGUUAAACAUUGUCCAUCAUAUAUAUUUAUUGAAAAAAAGGUCAGGCGUUAUACUACAUCUUUUUAUCUUGAACACUUUUUGUUUUACUCUGCCAGUAUUAACACACAAAAACGCUAGACACUGCAGUACGACAGUUUGGUCAAACCAGCCCAUGAGCACAGAUUUCUUCUUCUGCUGUUGACGGAUUUGGAGAGAAUGAAUCAGAAAACUACAAACAGACGAUUUAUGAGCAGCUCCAUUCGAAUCCAGGAAACCAACACACACUGACUAAUCUGAAUGGAUGUGUGUGAGGCGAGGGAUGAGUUUUGUUGUGCUGUUUUUGUGCCUCGUCGAUGGAUUCGCCUGUUAGCACGGCCCUGCGGGGCAGCGGUGACAGCAACUACACAGGUGGCGCCUCAGGUCCGAGCUUCACUGACCAGCUGGGCACCUCACCUGUUGUGCCGAGGGUUGUUUCCAUAGUGACCAGCCUAGUGACCACCACCACAGAGGCCACAGUGGGAACCACAGGAAACCUGUCAGCAUUCAGAGACCAAAGAGGCGGCGAGCUCAGUCAAAUCCAUCAGGCGUCGACCCCAUCGGUGCUGAGUGCUGCUGAGAGUAACUCUGUCCUGCAGGGCAUUACGGUGGCAGCUCAGGCCCUGGUACUCCUCUCCAUCUUCCUCCUCUCCAGCCUCGGUAACUUGGCAGUCGUCAUUGUCAUCAUCAAACACAGGCAGCUUCGGACGGUGACCAACGCUUUCAUCAUGUCACUGUCCUUGUCUGACUUCCUCACAGCUGUUCUGUGUCUGCCGUUCUCCUUCGUCAUGCUUUUCAGUAAGGACGGCGUCUGGAUGUUCGGGGACCGCUUCUGCGUGGCCAACGGCUUUUUCAACACCUGCUUUGGUAUCAUCUCCACCCUGACUAUGACUUUGAUCUCCUUUGACAGAUACUACGCCAUCGUCAGACAGCCACAGGCUAAAAUAGGGCGUCAGAAAGCAACUCAUUUGUUGAUAGCUGUGUGGUUAAUGGCAGUCAUCUUCUCUUUGCCUUGGUAUCUGUUAGUCCGAACACCUACAGAAAUCCAUAAGCGAGGUUUCUACCACUGUAUGUAUGUGUUCCACUCUGGGAGCUCACGCAUGGGGACGGCUUAUAGCAUCUGCCUAAUAGUGGUAUGUUAUUUACUGCCCUUCUCCCUCAUGUGUUUUUGUCAUUAUAACAUCUGUAAGACAGUUCGGCUCUCUGAAAUCCGAGUCAGGCCGGUGACAACAUAUGCAUACUUGCUGCGAUUUUACAGUGAAAUGCGAACAGCCACCACAGUUCUGAUUAUGAUUGUUUUCAUCAUUUUUUGUUGGGGGCCAUAUUGUUUAAUAGGGUUGGUUACAGCAAUGGGGGACUACACAUUCAACCCUGCAAUGGACACGGUGGCCAUCUGGCUAGCCUGGGCAAAUGGAGCCAUCAACCCUCUGAUCUACGCCCUGAGGAACCCAAAUAUAUCCAUGUUACUGGGGCGGAGCAGAGAGGAGGGCUAUCGGACCAGAAAUAUUGCCACGUACCUCUCCGGCCAAACCCAGAACCGUGAGAUUCGGCUAAACCAAGCAGAGAGGAUAAGGGACCGCUACGUGAGUCGCGUGGGGAUGAACAAUAACAGCCGGCUGUCAAGUUCAAGUCCUGGAAAAGUAGGAGGGGGAGGAGAGGUGGCUAUGUGGGCCUGUAAAAACCCUGCUCUGGUCUUCUGCAGGGACGCCCAGCCUGACACUGCGAGGCUACCCAACUCUGUGAGCGCUCCAAAGGUGAAGACAGCUGACACCAGCCUGUGACAUUCUGGAGGAAUUCCUCACCAUCUAAUGAUUGUUUUCAUCUCAUCUGUAUUUGUUGUUGUGGAUCUGGAGACUGCUAUCACCAGUUUGUGACAUGUUUGGAAAUACUUGAGUAUUGUUAAAUGUUUAUCAUUUAAACCACCACUCGAUCAGAUUUUGUCCAGGAAUCACAAGAUUAAUUUGAGCUACAGUGUCUGUAAGCAGCUGGUGUAUAAUAGGUAAUGACAGUAAAAAAGCAUUUCUGUCAUAGUAAUAUAAUAAUAAACUUGAUUUAUUUAGCA